CCACGUGGAGGUCAAUGUAGUCCCACCUCUACCUUUUUCCUCCGAUACGUCGUCGGGGGGUGAGAAAUGAGCGUCCACUGAUGCGCCCGGCCGGUGUCGGGUUUUACGCACGGCGUCCGCCUAACGGGACGGGGCCCCGGAGGAGAGCAGGCUCCACGCGCGCUAUUUCGGGGAGAGAAUGCUCCGACGCCCAGCCCUGUCACACCUGUCUCUCGCCGUCUGUCCCCGUGUUGGCCGGUGCCUCCCUGACUGCACUGGAGCUGGGUCACCACCGCGCGCCCUGACUGCGGCUUCUGCUUCGGGUUCUGGAUUUGGACUCAGGGUCCCUUUUAACCCUUCCUGUUGGAUUUAACCUCGUGGUUUGGUCGCUCGCCUUAAAAAAAGUCACUUUUUAAUCCUGCUCUGUGACCGAUGGCGGAGGGUGUGCGCCCCGAGGACUACUGUGACGAGCCGGUGGAGGACGAGUUCGGAGAGAUCAUCAAGUGUCGAUCUGAUGAAAGAGAAGACGUUCAGAAGAAGACUUUCACAAAAUGGGUGAACUCACAGUUGGCUAAGACAGGGAAACCACCCGUGGAGGAUCUGUUCGCAGACUUAUGUGAUGGACGACGCCUGCUGGAGCUGCUGGAGGGGCUGACAGGACAUGAGCUGGUGAGGUUGGAGAGAGGAUUCACGCGUGUUCACUCCCUCAACAAUGUCAACCGUGCUCUGCAGAUCCUGCGGAAGAACAAUGUUGAGUUGGUGAAUAUCGGAGCGGCAGACAUCGUUGAUGGGAAUCACAAACUGAUCCUCGGGCUCAUCUGGAGCAUCAUUCUCCACUGGCAGGUAAAGGAUGUGAUGAAGGAUGUGAUGGCAGACCUACAGCAGACCAACAGUGAGAAGAUUCUGCUUAGUUGGGUUCGUCAGAACACACGCCAGUACCCUCAGGUCAACGUGGUUAACUUCUCCAGUAGCUGGAAUGAUGGAUUGGCCUUCAAUGCCCUCAUCCACAGCCACAGACCUGAGCUUUUUGAGUGGAGCUCACUGGAGAAGAAGACGUCUGCAAUUGACAGACUGGAACACGCCUUUAAUAAGGCAGAACAACACCUGGGGAUAGAAAGACUGCUGGACCCUGAGGAUGUGGCGGUGCCUCACCCCGACAAGAAGAGUGUCAUCAUGUACGUGACGUCACUCUUCCAGGUGCUUCCUCAAACAGUUUCCAUGGAAGCCAUUCAGGAGGUGGAGACGCUGCCACGGGCUGCGACGGCUGGCAGCGUCACGAGGGUGACCACCGAGGAGCAUUACCAGAUCCAGACCCAACAGCGCUUCUCCCAGCAGAUCACAGUGAGUGUGACACAGGGCCGAGUGCGGAGUCCCUCCCCUCAGCCUCGCUUUAAAAGCUAUGCCUACACCCAGGCUGCAUAUGUCAAGUCGCCCGAGCAAAAGAGGAGGCGUUUUACUGAUCAGUUCCCCAGUCCUGGCCAGGAGGACCUGCAGAGGGGCCUCAGUCCUCUACCUCCAGGCUCCACCAGCCUGGAGAGCUACCAGGCAGCUCUAGAGGAGGUGUUGACAUGGCUGCUGUCGGCUGAAGACGGGCUCCAGGCUCAACCUGCCAUAUCCAACCAUGUGGAGGAGGUGAAGGAGCAGUUUCACACACAUGAGGGCUACAUGGUGGAGCUGACCACCCAUCAGGGCAGCGUGGGCAGAGUCCUCCGGUCCGGCGCCGCCCUGCUGUCAGAGGGGAACCUGAGCGAGGAGGAGGACUCAGAGGUCAGGGAGCAGAUGAACCUGCUGAACUCCCGCUGGGAGCACCUGAGGGUGGCCAGCAUGGAGAGACAGAGCAGACUCCACGAGGUGCUGAUGGACCUACAGCACCAGCAGCUGCAGCAGCUCACAGAGUGGUUGGAUGUGACAGAGGCGCGGAUUAAGAGGAUGGGAGCUCAGCCGCUGGGUCCCGACCUGGAGGACGUCAAGCACCAAGUAGAAGAGCACAAGCUCCUGCAGGAGGACUUGGAGUUGGAGCAAGUGAGAGUGAACUCUCUGACCCACAUGGUGGUGGUGGUGGAUGAGAGCAGCGGGGACAGCGCUACCGCCGCCUUGGAGAGCAAACUUCAGGUGCUCGGUGACCGCUGGGCAGCCAUCUGUAGAUGGACAGAAGAACGCUGGAUUUUGCUUCAGGAGAUUCUACUGAAAUGGCAGCACUUCACUAAUGAGCAGUGUUUAUUUGACUCCUGGCUGACUCAGAAGGAGGAGCUGGUCCGCUCCAUCAAGACCACCAACCUUAAGGACCAGGCUGACAUGGUUGCUUGUCUUCGCCGUCUCGCUAUGGUGAAGGCAGACCUGGAGGCUAAGCGCCCCACCAUGGACAAGCUGUGCUCCAUGAGUCAGGAUCUGUUGUCCAGUGUGAAGAACAAAGAGGUGGCCAACAAACUGGAGGCCAGACUGGACAGCUUCGCCCAGCGCUGGGACCGACUGGUCCAGAGUCUCGAGCUGAGCAGCUCCCAGCUGUCAUCGACUCUCAGCGUGACCCAGCAAUCUGAGCUGACACACUCUGUCACGGCGACCGUUACCAAGGUGACAACAAGGGAGAAGGUGUCAGCCCUGCGCCAGACGCGGGAGUCGCCGCCACCACAGAAGAAGAGGCAAGUGGUGGUGGAUUCUGAGCUCAGGAAAAGGUUUGACGUGGACUUCACAGAGGUCCACAGCUACAUGACCCGUGGCGAGGCCAUCCUGCAGAGCCCCGAGUUCUCUGUAGCACGGAAGGAUGGCAGCAUCCAGGAGCUGCACGACAAAGUGCAGGCGAUAGCGAGGGAGCGACCGGAGAAGUACCGAAAGCUCCAGGAGGCGACGCGCACGGCGCAGACCCUGGUCGAACAGGAGGGGAGUCGCGCCGAUGACAUUGCCCAGGCAGCGGAGCAGCUGAACCAGCGCUGGGUGGGAUUCUGUGCCCUGUUGGAAGAGAGGCUGGCGUGGCUGGCUUACCAGACAAAGGUGCUGGCUUUCUACAGCUUGUACGAGCAGUGUGAGCAGGCGGUCGACAGCAGUGACAACUGGCUCAAGGUCCAGGCUCCGCCAGCGUUUGAACCGGAGCCGCUCAAAGUGCAGCUGGACCGGUGUCGGGAGGAGGUGGCUCGUCUGGCCUCCCUGCAGCCUCAGGUGGACCUGCUGGAGAAGCAGCUGAAGGAGCUGAAGCAGGAGAAGGAGGGGGAGGACGACCCCUCUGCCUUCCUGGACGCCGACAUCAGUGCCUUCAAGGAGCACUACCAGAAGGUCCUGGAGGACCUGAGGGCGAGAGAGCGGCAGCUACAGCUGGUUCUAGAGAGCCUGCCUCCAGCUCACUAUAAGGAAACCAUCGCAGCGUUGUUGGCAUGGUUACAACAGUGCGAGGCCAAGCUGGACAUCCCAUCCACGGCCCUCACCGAGUACCCCAUUAUGGAGCAGAGGCUGAAGGACGUUCAGGCCCUGCAGCAGGCGCUGACUGAACACCAGGGGGAGGUGGACUAUCUGACCUCGGCCGUUGAACAGGUCUUCCAGAAGGCCCCGGCCGAUAUCAGCCAGAGGUAUCGAACGGAGAUGGACGCCGUCAUGGCGCGCUGGCGGCGACUUGGCGCGGUGCUGGCAGACAACGUCCAGAGGAUCCAGGAGCUCAUGGCCAAACUGAUGCAGUUUGAGAAUGAUGUGAAGACUUUGAAGAAGUGGAUGGCGGACGUGGACGUGUUCCUCAACGAGGAGUGGCCGGCACUGGGAGACUCUGAAGCGCUGGAGAAACAGCUGGAACAGUGCACGGCCCUGGUGAACGACAUCCACACCAUCCAGCCCAGCGUCAACGGCAUCAACGAGGUGGGCCUGUACCUGAAGAAGGAGGCGGAGCCGCCGUUCGCCGCCCACAUCCAGAAGGAGCUGGACGAGCUCAACAGGCAGUGGGAGCACGUGUGCAAGCAGGCCUGCGCCAAGAAGUCUGCGCUGAAGGGGGGCCUGGACAAGACCAUGGCCCUGAGGAAGGAAAUGCAGGAGAUGCAGGAGUGGAUCAACCAGGCCGAGGAGGACUACCUGGAGAGAGACUUCACCUACAAGACGCCCGACGAGCUGCGCAAGGCCGUGGAGGAGCUCAAGAGGGCCCAGGAGGAGGUCCACUCCAAGGAGUUAAAGGUGAAGCUCCUCACCGACAGCGUCAACAGCUUCAUCGCCAAGGCGCCGCCCACGGCCCACGAUGCCCUGCGCUCCGAGCUGGACAUGCUGACAGCCAACUACGAGCGCCUGUGCAGCCGCCUGGAUGGGAAAUGUAAAACUCUGGAGGAGGUGUGGGCGUGCUGGUGUGAGCUGCUCUCUUACCUGGAGCAGGAGAACGCCUUCCUCGACCAACUGGAGCAGAAACUGGAUGAGACGGAGAACCUGCAAGGAGGAGCGGAGGAGCUGCAGGAGGCCCUGGAUAGCCUGGAGGUCCUGUUGCGUCAUCCUGAGGACAACAGGAACCAGAUCCGGGAGCUGGCCCAGACACUGAUGGACGGAGGAGUUCUGGAUGAACUGAUACAGCAAAAACUCGACGCCUUCAACACACGAUGGGACGAGCUCAUGGCGAGAGCGGCGCACAGGCAGAAGGAGCUGGAGAAGAGCGUCCAGUGGGCUCUGGAGAACGACAGGACGCUGAAGCAGAUCCAGGAGUCGCUCGCCAACACGGAUCGCCACCUCGCCGCGUACCUGACGGACCGCAUCGACGCCCAGCAGAUACCGCAGGAGUCCCAGAAAAUCCAGUCAGAGCUGGAUGGCCAUGAAACAACGCUGGAGGACAUGAGGAACAAGAACCAGGACAAAGACCCGUCUGACAGGAUCAUGAGUCAGAUAGACCUUACCCAGAAAAUGCUGGCAGACGUGUGGACCAAGUUCCGGCUCUUCCAGAAGCCGGCCAACUUCGACUCCCGGCUGGCCGAGUGCGAGCGCGCGCUGGCCGGGGUCAAAGGUCAAGUGGGGCUGCUGGACAUCGGCAGCGUGGAGCACGACGUGGUGCAGUCGCAGCUGGAGCAGUGCGUGAAGUUGUACAAGGUGCUGAGUGAAGUGAAGGGGGAGGUGGAGACGGUGAUCAAAACCGGCAGGCAGGUCGUGCAGAAGCAGCAGACGGAGCAGCCCAAAGAGCUGGACGACAGAGUAACGGCCCUCAAGCUGCUCUACAACCAGCUGGGAGCGCAGGUGACCGAGAGCAAAGUGGAGCUGGAGAAGAGCCUGAAGUUGUCGAGGAAGCUGCGCAAGGAGCUGAACGCGCUCACGGAGUGGCUGGCGGCGACCGACGCGGAGCUGACGCGGCGCUCGGCGGUGGACGGGAUGCCCAGUGACCUGGAGGCGGAGGUGGAGUGGGCGCAGUCCAUUCACGGGGAGAUCGAGAAGCGUCAGCCGCAGCUGCAGGCUGUGGUGGAUCUCGCUGAGGCCCUCAAGGCCGUGCUGCGGGGCAACGGAGGCCUGGUGGACGACAAAGUCAGCCUGCUGCACUGCAACUGGAUUGCAGUCACAUCCCGAGCAGAAGAAUGGCUCAACCUGCUGCUGGACUACCAGCAGCAGAUGCAGAAGUUAGAUAAAGAGAUAGAGGAAGUGAACAGAUGGAUCGAUGGAGCAGAGAAAAAGAUGGAUGACAUAGACAGCCAUGGACCCAACGACGCUGUGCUGAAGGUGCUCCGUGCAGAGCUGGAGCUGACGAGGGGCCGGAUGGAGGAGGUGCAGGCUCUAGCCCAGGAUCUCAUGUCCACCAGGGGCGAAAACUGCCAGGUCCAGGUUGGACCCAAAAUAAAGCAGCUCAACCAGAGAUUUGACAGCAUCGCGCAACGCAUUGCCUCUGGACUGACGGCAGCAUCAGCCAAGGAGCUGGAGCAGUAUCACAGCGAAGCACAGAUCUGGCUGGAGCUCCUGGAGGAGGAAGUCAAACAGGGAGAGAACCUGAAGGAGGAGGACUUCCAGGAGGACAAGGACUGUGAGGAGGGAGCAGUGAAGGAAUUACUGUUGAAGGGAGAGAAUCUACAGAAGCGAGUGCCCGACCAGGACAAGAGAGAGCAGAUCAGACUGAAACACAACCAGCUCAACAGCAAAUACAGCACAGUGAAGGACCUGCGUGUGCUGAGGAACAGGAAAGCCCUGGCCAUCGCGCCCCAGUGGUACCAGUACAGGAGGAAGUCACAUGACCUGCUGGCCUGGCUCAACGACAUCCAGCGCAGCGUGGACCAGCUGCCCGACCCCCCGGAGGGAGAGAGGGUCAAGGAAAUUGGCUCAGAGUUCGACAAGAAGAAGGAGGAGCUUAAGGAGGUGCAGGGCUUAGCCAAUCAGCUGUCAGAGGCUGGAGCCGCCAAGCUAGUGGAGCCCCGCCAACUCCAGCUCAACACGCGCUGGGUUGAGGUGGAGGGCAAGUUCACGCCCAUCAAAAGACACUAUGACUACCUAACCGAGCUGCAGGCGUUGCUGUGCUCUGUGUCAGAGACGGACUUCAAGCUGUACUCUCCUGAAUACUGGCCUGCAGCGUAUUAUAACCUGCCUCAGCAAGAUCACUGCCUGAAGGAGGUGAAGGGCAGCAUUGACAAGCUGCGCGGCCCGGUGGAGGGAGCCCUGGGCCGCAGGGAGGCGAUGGUGGCAGACGCUCGUCCCAUGGAGGGUCUCAGGAUCAGAGAGGCUUCUGACCUCCUCAAUACAAACUGGGACAAAAUGAACAAGCUCUACCAGGACAGGCUGAAGCGUUGGCAGGAAUGUAACUCCAAGUGGCAGAAGUUCACUUGGGAUCAGAAGGCGCUGGACGACUGGCUGAGUGAUGCUGAGAGCACUUUGAAGCGAGCCGAAAGUGAGCCAGUAGCACACAGACAGCGCCUCAGGGACCUAACAGAGGCCAUACCCAUCCAGGAAGUUGUGUUGGGCAGGGUGAACUCAGCAGGGGAGGAGAUCAGCCAGCAAAGCAAACCAGACGACGCCUUGCGACUACAAGCACAGCUCAAAUUACUCAACACUCGCUGGGCCAACGUCUGUCAGCAGCUCAACGAGCGCAAGAGGAGGUCCGCAGAGGCGCGCACAGCUGCUGCCGAGCUACAGGAGGACACGGCCUCCAUGAUGGGCUGGCUGGACAGAGCGGAGGGCGCCCUGGCCAUCCCUCUGCAGCCCACUGAGCCACAGCACAUCAGAGCCACUCUGAGCAGAGUCCAGCAUCAUGUAGAGGAACUUCCGGCCAAGAAGGCGGCGGUGGAGGAUCUGAACUCCAGGUAUAAGAAGAUCACACCUGCAGACAAACAGAAGGACAUGAGAAUCAUCAACACUCGCUGGCCACAGGUGUCCAGGGCUCUGCCUGAGCGUCAGCUGGAAAUUGAGAGCUUGCUGAAGGACCUGGAGAAGCUUCACGGUCAACUGGAUGACCUGUUAAUGUGGGCUUCCAGCACCAGAGCCAGACUAGAGCACAGCCCCGAGGAGCCACCACCCAGGAUGAUUGAGGAAGUGCAGGUAAAGCAGCCCGAAGUGGAGUUUGUUCUGGAGCGAGCUGGUCAACUGUACAAAGACACUUCACCCGGCCAUCCAGACAAGGUGAAGAGUGCCAAGCUGAAGGAGGACUGGACUGUGAUCCUGGAGCUGGUCCGACAACACAAAGAGAGAAUGGCUGCUCUCCUGGUGGCAAAGAAAGCCAAUGAAAGUCUGACUGGGUCUUCCCUGCCUGAAUCUGCGGGGCUGGCUCAGUUCAACAAGUCCUGGGCCGAGCUCAUCGACUGGUUGACCAUGCUGGAUAACAUGGUGCAGAACAAACGAGUGGUGGUGGGCGACCUGGACAACAUCAACGCCAACAUCAGGCAGCUCAAGGAAUCUCUGCUGGAGCUGGACCAGCGGCGCCCUAUUCUAGAGCGACAGGUCACAGCAGCCCAGAACCUGAAGAACAAAACGGCCAACCAAGAGACGCGCAAUGCUAUCACUGAACGCAUCGACAGGCUUCAAGCUCACUGGGAAGACUCUCAGACCAAACUCUCAGACAGGAUGAAGCAGCUUCACAACAUGCUGCAGGACUCCACCAACUGGCUGGAUGCCAAGAAGCGAGUGGAUCAUCUUAUCAAGCAGGCCAGUGAGAGGCUCGAGUCCUGGCAGGAGAUCACUUACACAGUGGAUGCGCUGAAGAAACAAAACACUGAACUCAAGCUCUUUGUCAGGGAGCUGCAGCAGUGGCAGGGCCAGGUGGAUGAAACCAACAUGCUGGCUGACAAACUGCUGACGCUGUACGCAAGCGAUGACACGCACAAGGUCACGCAGGUCAACGACAACAUGAUGACUACCUGGACACACAUUAGGAAACGUGUGUCAGACAGGGAGGCCGCUCUGGAGGCGGCUCUGAAGCUGCUGCAGCAGUUCUACCUCGACCUGGAGAAGUUCCUCAACUGGCUGACAGAGGCUGAGACAACCUGCAACGUUUUAAUAAACGCCACCAACAAGGAGAGACUGCAGGAGCAGCCGGAGGCAGCCAGGAAUCUGCUGGCACAGUGGAAGGACCUCCAGGCAGAGAUCGACGGCCACACAGAUCUGUACCACACCCUGGAUGAGAAUGGCCAACGGAUCCUGACCUCACUGGGGGACUCAAAGGAUGGCGUCCUCCUCCAGAGGCGUCUGGACAACAUGAGCCAGCGCUGGAAUGACCUGCGCAAUAAGACCCUCAGUAUGAGGGCCCACCUGGAUUCAGAGAUGGCCCCAUGGAAAAGGCUCCACAUGUCACUGCAAGAGCUUCUGAACUGGCUGAAGCUUAAAAGUCAACAACUGGAGCAGGAGCCACCUGUAGGGGGCGACGUUCCUGCUGUUCAGUUACAACUGGACACGCACAGAGGCUUCAGGAGGGACUUGAAAGCAAAGGAGCCUGUUGUGACCAAGGCUCUGGACGACGUGGGAGUCUUUCUGUCUGAACUCCCCCGAGAGGCGCCUUCACCUGAGCAGAGAGAUAUUAGCCCAGAAGAACGCGCCCAGAACAUGGGCAGAGUCUUGCGCAAAGAAGCGGAUAACGUAAUCACCAAGUGGGACCGGCUCAACGCUGACUCGGCAGAGUGGCAGCGGAGGCUGGAGCUGGCGCUGGACCGGCUCGCGGAGCUCCAGGAGGUGGAGGACUUGCUCGACGGACAGCUGAGGCAGGCGGAGAUGGUGAAGGAGGCAUGGGAGCCUGUGGGAGACCUGCUAAUCGACUCGCUGCAGGAGCACAUAGACAGAGUGAAGGAAUUCCUGGAAGAGAUUGCUCCAAUUAAGGAUGAUGUUACUCACAUGAACCAGUUGGUGUCUGCGUUUGGUCCACACAAUAUCCAGUUGUCGCCUAGCAACCUGGAACGCAUUGAAGACCUCAAUACUCGCUGGAAUUUGCUCCAGGUUACCGUGGAGAUGGGGAAAAACCACUCGGGCAGAAAUGGAGUGGGUGAGAUUGACUCUAAGAUGUCCAUCAGUGAACACCUAAAGCAGCUGACGGAUGCUCACAGGGACUUUGGCCUGCACACAGCGUCUAUAGACAGCCCCUUCGAGCAGGGCAUCUCUCCCAACAACGUGCCCUACUACAUCAAAGAUAAAGCUGGACCUGACCUGAUGAACGAGACACUUCACCAGACCCAGACGACAUGCUGGGACCAUCCCAAGAUGGCUGAGCUCUACCAGUCCCUGGCUGACCUGAACAACGUCCGAUUCUCAGCCUAUCGAACAGCCAUGAAGCUCCGGCGCCUGCAGAAGGCUCUGUGCUUGGACCUGCUGAGCAUGCCGAUGGUGUGCGAGGUGUUCGACCAGCACAGCCUGAAGCAGAACGAGCAGCUGCUGGACAUCUCGCAGCUCAUCACCUGCCUGACCAGCCUGUACCAGCGGCUGGAGCAAAGCCACUCCAACCUGGUCAACGUCCCGCUGUGCGUCGACAUGUGCCUCAACUGGCUGCUCAACGUCUACGACACUGGUCGCACAGGAAAGAUCCGGACCCUGUCAUUUAAAACUGGAAUCAUCUCACUGUGCAAAGCUCACCUGGAGGAUAAAUACAGAUUCUUAUUCAGACAGGUUGCCAGUGCGACCGGUUUCUGUGACCAGCGCCGCCUGGGCCUCCUCCUUCACGACUCCAUCCAGAUCCCCCGACAGCUCGGCGAGGUCGCCUCCUUCGGAGGCUCCAACAUCGAGCCCUCCGUCCGCAGCUGCUUCCAGUUUGCCAACAACAAGCCUGAGCUCGAGGCUGCUGUGUUUCUGGACUGGAUGCGUCUGGAGCCCCAGUCCAUGGUGUGGUUACCCGUCCUGCACCGUGUGGCCGCCGCGGAGACGGCCAAGCACCAGGCCAAGUGUAACAUCUGCAAGGAGUGUCCCAUCAUAGGAUUCAGAUAUCGGAGUCUGAAACAUUUCAACUAUGACAUUUGCCAAAGCUGCUUUUUCUCCGGUCGGGUUGCCAAGGGACACAAGAUGCAGUACCCCAUGGUGGAGUACUGCACUCCGACUACAUCAGGGGAGGAUGUCAGGGACUUUGCCAAGGUGCUGAAGAACAAGUUCAGGACCAAGCGCUACUUUGCCAAACACCCACGCAUGGGCUACCUGCCUGUCCAGACCAUCCUAGAGGGAGACAACAUGGAAACUCCUGUCACUCUGAUCAACUUCUGGCCCGUAGACCAUGCACCCGGGUCGUCCCCUCAGCUCUCGCAUGACGACACGCACACUCGGAUCGAGCACUACGCCAACCGGUUAGCAGAGAUGGAGAAUCGUAAUGGCUCUUAUCUGAAUGACAGUAUCUCACCCAAUGAGAGCAUCGAUGACGAGCACAUGUUGAUCCAGCACUACUGCCAGUCUCUGAACCAAGGCUCUCCUCUCAGCCAGCCCCGCAGCCCUGCCCAGAUCCUCAUCUCCAUGGAAACGGAGGAGAAAGGAGAGCUGGAGAGGGUCCUCAAUGACCUGGAGCAGGAGAACAGGAAGCUACAAGCCGAGUACGACCGCCUGAAAAAGGCCCAUGACAGGAAGGGCCUGUCGCCGCUGCCGUCACCGCCGGAGAUGCUGCCGGUGUCGCCGCAGAGCGCGCGCGACGCCGAGCUCAUCGCGGAGGCCAAGCUGCUGCGGCAGCACAAAGGGCGCCUGGAGGCCCGCAUGCAGAUUCUGGAGGACCACAACAAACAGCUGGAGUCCCAACUGCACAGGCUGAGACAGCUCCUGGAGCAGACUGAUUCCAAGGUGAAUGGCACAGCCCUGUCCUCUCCCUCCACCUCCUCUCAGCGCUCCGACUCCUCCCUCCCUCUGCUUCGUGUGGCUGCCAGCCAGACUACUGAUACAAUGGGUGACGACGAGCUUUCCAGUCCUUCCCAGGAUGCAUCUGGGCUGGAGGAAGUGAUGGAACAGCUCAACAACUCUUUCCCUCACAGCCAGGGUCCCAGCAUCGGCAGUUUGUUCCACAUGGCCGAUGACCUGGGCCGGGCCAUGGAGUCGCUGGUCAGCGUGAUGACGGACGAGCAGAGCGCCGAACAGCACGAGGCCCUGCCUUUCUGAUAUUGCUCCCUUCCCUCUUCCCCUCCCCCUCCCUCCCCCCGUCGCAUGCUUUUCUAGUCGAAACAACUGGAUUGGAAAACAGAGUUUACAACGAGAAUAUAUAACGUCUAUUUUUGUGAAAGAUUGCGGUUCCAGCAACGGCUUGAAAAAAAAAAAAUCAAACAAGAAAAACAUUAUAACUUGUAGAUUUAAGUAGUUUCUUAAAACGUCCUGACGUUGUUUUGUUAUUAACCAGAGGCCGGUUUUUAAACUUCUAUGCAAUUGUAUAAAAAAAUAAAAAAAACAUGUUUGGUUGGGGGGCGAAGACAGAUGAGAAACAAACAACAUUCAUUGUGGUCGUCUUUUUGCCAUCUCUUUGUAACCGCAGAAGCAUUUCAGACAUUUGUAUCAAAAGAGAAUGAUUGUAAUCCUAUGGGUGCUUUCUAAGAGGAACCGUCUUUCUAUAACAGCGUACACUACUGUCAAGGUAAUGCAGGCAUCCUGGAUCUUUACAGUACGUUGUCUGCGUAUGUGUGUGUGUGUCUGUGUCUGUGCGUGUGUGUAUGUGGUGGUGCCUAAUUUUAACUUUACCGAUAAUCUUUUUUUCUUUCUUUGGUUUGUUUUCGGCUUCGGCCAAACCUCACUUUAUUAUUCAUCCAUCCAUCUGUUCAUCCAUCCAUCCAUCUAUUCAUCUUCCCCAUUCUUAGCAUCUCUAUGGAAACAGGUUUCUCUGUAUUUGUUUUCAGCACCAUGGACUGUGUGCAUAAGCUCAUGGUGUAAAGGCCUGAAUCAGAACGUGGAUAAGUCAACAAGGUCGCACUGUGGGAAACAAUUUGAUUUAAUUGGACAUCAUUUGAACUCUUAUGCAACAAAUGCACAGCAGUAGAAAUAAAAACAACACACCAGACGAUGGUGUUUUGUUUGUCGGGGAGACAAAUGUGCAGUUGAAUAGACUCAUAAAACAUAAUUUGUUAUUCUACAUAUUGUCAAACAAUAUUUCUCUUGAAAAAUGUUUUCCCUUUCCAUGCUGAUCAUAGUUAUGGGUAACUAGACUUUUAGACUAAAGGUGUGUUGCAUUAACUUGUUCAUGUGUCUGCAUCAGGCCUUUCAUCCUAGUUACUGAACUGGUUUAUUUCAUUUUAAGACUUUAUAAGACUCUGUCCAAUGAUCAUUUUUGGGCCUGAGUGCAGCUCUGUGCGUUGACAGCUUGUCAGAUUUACUCGAAGACUAACUAAGAAGAAUGUUUUUCCAACAAAACCCGACUACGACUGCAUUUCUGUGUUUUUGUCUUUAUUUUUUAAAUAUCUGCAGCAAGAUUAAGUCCUGUCAGAUCAUUCGUCUCACCUCAUCAUCCUAAUAUUCACGUUUUACUGCACUGGAGGAGGCUCCGAUCUGAAUGUUCAGACGCAUUCACUGCAUUUCAUGAAUCAGUUUGAUCCGUGUGCACUACUGUCAUACUCCUGGAAUAUACUAGAUGUUUGUUGAUUGUGUGUGGAGGAUGCAUUUAUUUAGCAGUGUUACAUUUUGUUUGGUUACGAAGCUUUUUCUUUGGUUUGUGCCGUGAGGCAUUGGCAUGUGUGACUAAAUCAAAUCCAUCCUUAUUUAAUUAUAACCACUCAGAGAUUCUCUGACAUUACACAUGUUAUUGGCAUCAUAUCUUCAGCAUGAUCCAAGAGUUUGUUUCUGAUCCAGACACUGAAUUUGAUUUGAUUUUCUUUGUUUUUUAUUGUCUAACAUUUGUUUCAUUGUCACAUCCUUUCUCAAAUAACCUGUCAACACGUCACAACAUAUCAGAUUCCACCAAAUAUAUGCCUUACUACUGUAUCAUAAAAUGCUUUACUGUAUAUCAAUAAAGCACGCAGUUAUGUUGAUUUAA